GUGACCUACAUUCUAACUUCCAUGUGCUGGGCCAAUCAGAGGUCGUGAUUCCAUCACCACAGACUUUAGAUGGGUGGUACGGCGAUGAGCUACUAGGGCGUCAGUGUCCGAUGCUCAGCGGCCGUAGUCUGUCAGGCCAGGAAUUCAGGGCUUCUGUUCGCUGCGACCGGAUGGGCUGCUCGUAGCGCAACAAGACGCUUCGAUGCUUUGCUGAGGAGCUUUCGGCAGUGCGCAACAUGAACUCCCAGACGCAGUUGCCAACUUUCACGCUCGCGAUCUACGUUGGAGUACUUGCGGGCCUGGUAGUGCUUGCUGUAGCCUUCACAAUGCUGCGCGUGUACGCGUAUCGCCACCGACUGUCGACUGUCACUAUGAGCGCUAGCUACGACGCGAACGCAGACUCGAAUAACAACGCGUUGAUUGCGACUACGCUGAGUGCGCUAGGCAGCCCGCUGCCGGAUUAUCCGAGCGAACCACCUCCUACCAGCAGGAUGUCGGUAAUCUCCAGCUUCGGCAGCAGUCGCUGGCAACAAGUCAAGAAUCUUGUCGCUGAUAUACGCGACCGAGGUCUCGCUGCGUGGUCUUCGCUUUGUAAGCGACUUGCUACACGUCGAGUGGGCAAAAGAGCAGCUUCGAAGCCGGACUACCGCAUCUCGGAGGUGGACGUCGAGAUUGCUACGCCGUGUAAUAGCAAUGGUAAAACUCCGGUGACACCAGGUCCGUCUUAUGCUAGUCAGCUCUCGUCCAAGUUCCAACUCAGCUUGUUUCAGUCCCCGGCGUCGAAUAGCAUUGGUAUGAUCUAAGAGGGAAAUUCUCGAUUGUAGAUGGAGACCAGUAGGGCUCUAGAGGAGCAGCUAUAUACAUACCAAAAUCGAGGUCUCCUCACAAAAUAAGAAAUGGGCUUUGUUACUCCUC